GAACACACCCCUGCCCCGCCCUCCACUGCAGGCACAAUCGAGGCGCCGAGAUGGGGUGGCCCACUGGCCAAGCAGUACCCUUUCGUACUGGACCCCUUCCAGACAGCCGCCAUCGCAUGCAUCGAGCGUCGCGAGUCGGUGCUGGUGGCCGCCCACACCUCGGCCGGAAAGACGGUGGUUGCCGAAUACGCGAUUGCCAAGGCGUUUGCGCAGGACGGGCAGCGCGUGGUGUACACCUCCCCUCUCAAGGCCUUGUCCAACCAAAAGUACCGGGAGCUGGCGGAGGAGUUUGGGGACGUGGGCCUGAUGACGGGCGACGUGACCCUGAACCCCACCGCGCGCUGCAUCGUCAUGACCACCGAAAUCCUGCGCUCGAUGAUCUACCGCGCCUCAGAGUUCCUCAGGGACAUUGCGUGGGUGGUGUUUGACGAGGUGCACUACAUGCAGGACCGGGAGCGGGGCGUGGUGUGGGAGGAAACGAUGAUCUUCAUGCCCAAGACAAGCCGCAUGGUGUUCCUGAGCGCCACCCUGCCCAACGCCUUUGAGUUUGCCCAGUGGGUGUCCUACCUCCACACCCAGCCCUGCCACGUCGUCUACACAGGCGCGCCGGACUACCGCCCCACCCCGCUGCUGCACUAUGCUUUCCCUUCCGGCGGCAAGGGCCUGUACCUGUUGGUGGAUGAGCGGGGCAACUUCCGAGACGAAAAUUUCGCCAAGCUGCGGCGGGUGGGUGCUGCCGGGCGGCGCCUGCACCGCCGCAAGUCGGGCGGGCGCGGCUUCGGUGGGGAAGGAAAGGACGGCAAGCAGCAGGGCCCCAGCACCAGCGAGGACCUGCAGAAGCUUGUCAAACUCAUAAAGGACAGGAGCUAUGAGCCGGCCAUCGUGUUCAGCUUCAGCCGCAGGGAGUGCGAGCUGUACGCCAACGAUCUCUUCAAGAAGGCCAAGGAGGAGAAGGAUGCUGUGGCCGAGGUGUUCAAUUCUGCGAUCCAGUGCCUCAAGGAGGAGGACCGCUCCCUGCCCUUCAUCACAGCCAUGCUGGCCAUGCUGCAGGCGGGCAUCGGCGUGCACCACAGCGGCCUGCUGCCUAUCCUCAAAGAGCUUGUGGAGAUCCUUUUUGGGGAGCAGCUGAUCAAGUGCCUGUUCAGCACCGAGACCUUCGCCAUGGGCCUCAACAUGCCCGCCAGGACCUGCGUCUUCACCGCUCUGCGCAAGUGGGACGGCGAGGAGAACAGGUGGAUAGGCAGCGGCGAGUACAUCCAGAUGAGCGGGCGGGCAGGGCGGCGCGGCAAGGACGACAGGGGGCUGGUGUUCCUGAUGGUGGACGGCGCCCUGGACGAGCCCACUGCCAAGUCCAUGAUGCAGGGCAAGGCCAGCCCGCUGCUUUCCAGCUUCAAGCUUUCGUACUAUACCGUGCUCAAUCUGAUGCGGCGCCUGGAGGACACGGAGUACGACAUGGAGUAUGUUAUCGGCAAGUCGUUCAGCCAGUUCCAGCACGAGAGGCAGCUGCCGCAGCUCGAGAGCCGGCUCAAGGCGAUUGAGAGCGAAUCGACGGCCAUCACAGCAGCCACCGACGCGGCGGCAGAGGAGUACAGCGCCGGCAAGCAGGACCUGGAGGAGCAGCUGGCGGUGGUGCGGGCGGCCAUGCAGCAGCCGCAGCACUGCGUGCACUUUUUGCGCCCGGGGCGCAUCGUGCGGGUGACGGAAGGCGCGCGGCAGUGGGGCUUUGGCGUGGUGGUCUCCGCCUUCCGCAAGCAGCCGCAGGAGCGGCAGGGGGUAUCCGAGGCGGCGGCGGCGGCAUACGUGGUUGACACCCUGCUGUGCUGCGCCGCUCCCUCUGGUGCAAACGGCGGCAGCAACGGCGGCGGCGGUGAGCCCACGCCGGCGGACCUGGCGGCAGAGAAUGCGGAGAUGCAGGUAAUCCCCGUGCCCCUGCCCCUCAUCACCGAGAUCUGCACACUGCGCAUCUCCAUACCGGGAGACCUGCGGCCUGCAGAGUCGCGCAAAGCGGUGCUGCUGACGCUGCGGGAGCUGUCCCUGAAGUAUGCUGGGGGGCAGCUGCCGCUGCUGGACCCGGUAGCAGACAUGGGGGUGCAGGACGGCAAGGUGGCUGCCGCGCUGGAUGCGGCGGCGGCGAUACGGCGGCGGCUGGCCGGCAACCCGCUGUGGCAGCAGGGCGGCGGCGACCCCUCGCAGAUAGAGGCCCUGCGGCGCAAGUCGGAGCUGAGCCAGGAGGCGGCGGGCAUCAAGCGGCGCAUGCGGGAGAGCCAGCUCAGCAGCUUCAAGCUGGAGAGCCGCCAGCGCAGCGCCGUGCUGCGCAAGCUGGGCUUCAUUGAUGCCGGGGGCAUGGUGCAGCCCAAGGGGCGGGUAGCCUGCGAGAUCGAUGCCGCGGACGAGCUGCUGACCGCCGAGCUGCUGGUCAACGGCACCUUUGGCGGGCUGGACAAGCACCAGCUGGUGGCCCUGGUCUCCUGCCUGGUCCCCGUUGACCGCACCAACGAGAAGGUGAAGCUGUCGGCGCAGAUGGCGGCGCCGCUGGGCCAGCUGCAGGCGGUGGCGCGCCACAUCGCCGAGGUUUCUAACGAGUGUGGGCUGGAGGUGGAUGCAGAUGAGUAUGUGGAGAGCUUCCGGCCGAGCCUGAUGGAUGUGAUUUAUGGAUGGAGCAAGGGGGCUUCGUUUGGGGAGGUGUGCGGCAUGACCGACAUCUUCGAGGGCAGCAUCAUCAGGGCAACUCGGCGCCUGGACGAGCUGAUGCAGCAGCUGGAGGCUGCGGCGGCGGUGGUGGGGGAGAAGGAGCUGGCGGCCAAGUUUGGGGCCAGCCGGGACACGAUCCGGCGGGACAUCAUCUUUGCCGCCUCGCUGUACAUCUGA